AUGCCUCCCAGUAGUGCGCAGCUCCGGGCCAUGGUCAGCUCGUUCACGAACUUCACAGGAGCGAGUGAGAGAGUCGCUACUAAAUAUAUCAAGGGCGCCGGCUACAAGGUUAACGAAGCUGUAGAUGACAGCUCCGAUGACCUCACAUCCGACAAGGAUUCAUGUUACUUUCAAGACCAAGGUGGCGCAAAGGAGUCAUCGGCUUCAGCGGGCCUCGAAUCUGAGUUGAACUCCUUGUUUGACAGCUUACGAGACGACGCAAAUGACGCCGUAGAUCGGAUUGAGUUGAACUCUACUAUGAAUUACUUGAGCAACGAGCUCAAGGUCAACAUAGAAAAUGCUGAACUGUUUGUCGUUCUGGACCUGCUACAGGCGCCAACCAUUGGUGAAAUUUCGCGCAAGGGCUAUGUUGAGGGAUGGAAAGCAAGCCGCGUGAACGCUUCGCAUAAGGACCACGCCAAGUACGCCUUUGUCGCUGGUCGCGAAAAGGACCAAAAGGCUCUGAGUCUCGAAAACGCUCUCGUCUACUGGGACAUGCUCUUUGCCCCUCCUGGCAUGGAAUGGAAGAAUGAGCACCGCGACUGGUUGGCGCUGUGGAAGAAAUUCUUGGCCGAGAAAUGGACUCGUUCUGUCAACCGCGACAUGUGGAACAUGGCUCUCGAGUUUGCCUUCAAGAGCAUCCAGGACGACUCCCUGACCUUCUACAGUGAAGAAGGUGCCUGGCCGAGCGUGAUUGACGACUUUGUUGCGUGGUGCAAGGCCAACGGCGUCGGCAAGUCUGAGGGCAAGUCUGAGCAGAUGGAGGUUGAUGACGCAUAG